AAAUUGUGAAGACCAUCGUGCAAUUUCACCCGAGCGGAAUCGGAUGGAAUCGGAAACGGCGGCGGCGUCGUCCUCCUCUUCUUCUUCUUCUUCUUCUUCUUCUUCCUCUUCCUCGGCCGCCACCGAGGCUUCUUGUUGCCCCAUCUGUCUCGAUCCUCUCACAGACCACGCCUACUUAGAUCGCUGCUUCCAUGCAUUUUGCUACAAAUGUAUUACGAAAUGGGUGAAAUUCGCCGCAGCCAAGCACCCCCGACCCUUGUCUUCGAUCAGAUGCCCCCUCUGCAAGGUCGAGAACUUAUCUAUAAUACAUGGAUUCAGUGGUGGAUCUUUUCAGCGGCGUUACGUGAAUCAGGAUCAAAGAAACAGGUGUCUUUCGGGUGCUUAUGAACUUAGGUCGCACGUGUACGAUAGAGAAGAAGAGAUCGCGAAUAAUAUAUUUGACGUGCAACGGUAUUGGAAGAGCCGCAAGUAUCUGUGGCAAAACAUGUGGCUGCAAAAUUGGCUGAGACGGGAGAUUCAGACGAUUACGCAAGAGGAGGAUGCUGAUGUUAUUGUCCAUCACAUUCAAGGUGUUGUUGAGUCUUUUAUGGCAAGGCAACAAAAGGAGAGUCUAAAAGGUACACCCGAGCAGAAGCGCGAAGAGUUUCGGCGCUUGAUAUUUGGUGCCGCCGGGCCGUUUCUCCUAGCCCGCACCAAGCGGUUUGUUGAUGAGCUCGAACUGUUCCUCGCUUCGGGUCUGAAUAUCGAUGCUUACGACAGAGUCUACAUGCAGAGGCUAAGCAUGUCCUCGUCGCGUGACACAAGAGAGAUUGAUGCAGAGUCAUCUGAUCAAUCUGUUCAAAGCCGGUUCUUGUAUUUUCUCAACGAAGAUGAUGGCGAUUGAAGAAAUGAUUCUGAUUAUACUUGUAGCAAACUGUAAAUGCCCGAAUCGUUAUGUAGUUGCGCUGGGUUCGGUGAGUAAUUGUAGCAUGCUGGGGCAUGACAUCUGAGUUCUUCCAUUCGAUGUCAAUUGAUCAAGGGUGUUACUGUGAGUUCAACCAACGGGUGUUUCUCAUCUUGUAUGAUAAUAACAGUAACAAUGGCUACGAAUUUUCGGGUUUGAUCUUUGUUUGC